CACGCGUCAUACAGUCAGCAGACCAGUGGAUCCCUUCCCCGUAAACAUGGCCGAUGGGGAGACAUCAACAGAGCAGCCGAAACUUCGGUUCUGCAGUGAAAUAUUAAGCCCGUCGGAGCUGUUCCAGGCUCGCACGCGGAGCCACAAACUCCCGCUGCGCGGCCAGAAGGACUUCCUGCCCACGGGGUCGGAGCGCCAGCGAGAGCGACUGGACCAGAGUCUGCAGGAACACUGGACCCUGGUGGCCGAGGAGCGCGUGGAGAGAUCGGGGAGUCUGGUGAAGGCGGGGUGGAUCCCAGAUGACAGUAUAGUGGAGCUUCAAACUCCGGCGGGGAAGUUCUGGCAGACCAUGGGAUACGCUGCACACGGGAAACAAUAUCUGCUGCCAGAGGAGGCGCUCUACCUCAUGGAGUGUGGGAACCUGCAGGUGUUCCACCACAAGCUGCCGCUGUCCAUUGAGGAGGCCUACGAGAAGCUCCUAUCCUCGGAGCACCCUGGACUCGUCAGCCUACAGCAGUAUCAGGUGUUUGGCCAUCUGAAGAGACUGGGCUAUGUGGUCAACAGGUUUGACCCCAGUAUUGUCCAGUCUAUGUAUGAGCGGCAGCUGAACCUGCCUCAGACACGCGAUCGCUAUGGAGCCCACCUGAAGAGAAAACGCAGCUUGAGCCCCUCCAACAGGCACGCGGCCAGUCGACCCACACCUCCCUCAGAGAGACCGGAGGAGGAGGAGAGACCUGACCCCCCCGCCACACCCACGUGUCCCGACCCCCCCGACCCCAUCAACCCCCCCCAGAGUCCCGGGCAGGAGGGCAGGGAUGCCCAGGGGCAGGAGGGCAGGGACGAUGCCCAGGGGCAGGAGGAGGGCAGGGACGACGCCCAGGGGCAGGUGGAGGGCAGGGACGCCCAGGGGCAGGUGGAGGGCAGGGACGCCCAGGGGCAGAGUCCUGGUACGGGCAGGUCCUGGUGGACGAAGGGGUCCGAGGUCACCGAGCCGGGGUCACCGGACCUGCAGGGGGCGGAGCCACAGAGCCCCUCCCCUCGCUGGGACUAUGGGCGGAUCCGCUUCCCCAACCUGGGCUCGUCCCGCGCCUCACGAUCCCCCCCGCUGGGCCCCCCCGACCCCCGCCUGCUGCCCGGCGCCCUGCAGGUGGGAAGGUGCGACGUCGCCCCCUGGCUGCAGAGGCUGAACCAGCGAGCUGAGCACCUGUCAGGCCAUCACCCACAGGCAGAGGGUUUUUACCGCUACCAUAGAGGCGGAGCGAUGACCGCGGCGUCUGCCCGGUGCAGGAACUGGGCGGAGUACCUGGAACUGCUGGAGAGGAGGAGGAGUCGACGUAACCAUGGUGAUAGACCGGCACACCUGUGGGAGGGUGUGGUCAAACCUCUCUCCCAACCAGGCCACGGCUCCUCUCACAGUGAUUUGCUCCACCAGAUCGGCGUGAUUCAGUCGUCACGGCUACUGGACGAUGCCAUCAGUUUGAGUAUCCCGUCACAAUGGAAGAUCAGUUUCGAUGUUUACCAGCCUGACACAGUGGCUGACUACAAGAAGAGCAACCCGGGCAAGCCAUACACACGCAUGUGUGUCUGCAGUUUUGAAGGGCCAGUGCCUGAUCUCCAGGUGGUGAAGAGUUUGUCCUUCCAGAGUGGUGAGGUGCCCGUGACGUUUGCAGUGGUUGACCACGGAGACAUCUCAUUCUACAGCUUUAAGGACUUUACUCUGCCUGUGGAUGUGUGCCGCUGAUCACACACACACACACAACACACACACACACACACACACACACACACACACACGAUCUCACACACACACAAUCACACACACACACACACACACACACACACACACACACGCGCAGUCAAUGCCAAAUGCACGCAUGCAAAUGUGUAUAAAUCAUUGGUUGCCAAAUAAUGGAUAUAUUCUCAGGGUUACACAUCGCGUGCGUGUGUGUGUGUGCGUGUGAGUUUGUUUGUGUGUGUGUGUGUGCGUAUGUGUGCAUGUGUGUGUGUGUGUGUGUGCACGGGUGUGGCAGUCAUCAGCACUGUGAGUUCUGCAAACGUGUCGAUCCGUCUCAGGUAACCAGGAAGGCCUGAGCAGUCUGAUCAAUGUAAAUAUGACCACCUCAACUAAGCCAUGCAAUAAAAACAACCUGCGGACCCUA